AGUAUGAAUCCCCCUCUUCCACCACCACCUCCUCUCCUGUCUGCUGCCAACGUUGCGUCCGCCGGUUCUGGGCCUCCGUCUGCAGGUGUAGCACAAAGACCUGCAUCAGGAUCAGCUGAGCAAAUGGCACAUUUACGACCACAAAGUCGACCGAGUGUAUACAUUGCUAUAUAUCCGUACACUCCUCGGAAAGAUGAUGAACUGGAACUGCGGAAGGGAGAAAUGUUCCUGGUGUUUGAACGCUGUCAAGAUGGCUGGUUCAAAGGAACUUCCAUGCAUACAAGCAAGAUUGGUGUUUUUCCUGGCAAUUACGUGGCUCCAGUUACGAGGACAGUGACAAGUGCGUCCCAAACAAAAGUUCCCAUGUCUACUGCUGCCCAAGCAGGACGAGUGGUAACGAUGGUCAGCCCUUCCACAGCUAGUGGGACGUCUCAGAAGCUCCAGGGGAAUGGUGUGGCGGUGAACUCGAGCUCAGUACCCACAGCUGUGGUUUCUGCAGCACAUAUCCAAACCAGUCCUCAAGCCAAGGUCCUCGUGCACAUGACAGGACAAAUGACGGUCAACCAGGCUCGCAAUGCAGUUAGAACAGUUGCUGCGCACAGUCAGGAAAGACCCACGGCCGCCGUGACGCCCAUCCAGGCACAGAGUUCCGCGUGCCUUAUCCCUGCCGCCGUGAUCAUUCCCCACCACCCCGUGGCUUCCCAGCAGCUCCCGCCUCAGCACGCGAGCGCCGCGGCCUACGUGGCCGCCGUCAACGCGAACCGCUCGGCCGUCCCGCUGGCCUGUGCCGCGGCUUCCCUGGGCUCUCCCGGCGCCACCGCUCCUUGUGUGGAGGGAGAUGUCACCGGGAGAAGCGGGAACGCUCAUCCCGGAGCUCCCGCGUCCCCGGAUACUGCUUUGGGAGCCGGUGGAAAUGCUGCUGUUGCUAAACCAGACAAGGACAGCAAGAAAGAAAAGAAGGGUUUGCUGAAACUGCUUUCGGGGGCAUCCACUAAGCGCAAGCCCCGAGUGUCUCCUCCAGCCUCCCCGACCCUGGAGUCUGAGCAAGCGGCGGCAGAGCUGGCCCUGCAAGGUGCAGUGGGGCCAGAGCUUCCUUCAGCAGGUGGCCACAGCAAAGCUGGACCCUGUCCCCCCGAUGGUGAGGCCUCUGCACUGGCGCAGGAGACGCUGCAUCGGAAAACGAGUUCCCUGGAUUCCAAUAUUCCGAUAGCGCCGCCUCCUCGGCAGCCUUGCUCGUCCCUGGGUCCAGUCCUGAAUGAAUCCAGGCCUGUUGUCUGUGAAAGGUACAGGGUCGUGGUGUCCUAUCCUCCACAGAGUGAAGCAGAACUUGAACUCAAGGAAGGUGACAUUGUGUUUGUACACAAAAAACGUGAGGAUGGCUGGUUCAAAGGCACACUGCAACGGAAUGGAAAAACUGGCCUUUUCCCUGGCAGCUUUGUAGAAAACAUUUGAGAAGAUUCAUUCCAAGACCUGCAAAUCAUACUGUACUGUAAGAUAGCACAGGUAUUCUACCAGAAAAAGCACAGUCAUGAAAUCCUUUCAAAUGACUGUAAGAACAAAAUUAUACAUAUUCCUACAUUGUCUAUAGCACAAUUACACCAGCGAACAAAGAAGAUGAAGGCACCUGCUGGUUUUAUCACUUUGGAUUCCUAAGUGUGAUGUGUGCCUUGUACUGUCUGAUUUAUUAUAUAGAGGAACUUUUUUUUUUCCAAGUAUGUUACAUAAAUGAACAAUUGUUUACAAGGCUGUAACUAAUUUAUUCUUGUUUUUUUAAAAAAAAAAACUUGAAUUUUGUGUAAUGGCUACAAUUCUUGUGAUUAUGAUUUUAGCAAAUUAUUAAUUUAUGAAAGAAUAGCUAAGGGGAAGCUGGGUUCUCUCCUUUUAAGCAAGCAAUUAUAUCUGAUAAAGAGCCUCCCACUUACCCUCUAGACAUUCUUCCCCUGCUGUGUCUGAUCAGUGGAGUAAGUCUCUGUUUCAUGAGUUAAUGUUGAGUGGUGGUGAUGUGGCGUUGAAUAGAAUUUGCCAUGUGGAGAAAAAAAAUGUGUAUUUUGUUCUUAGGACAGAGGAGA